GUAUAUCAAGGCCACUACUCUGAAAUGUACUGAAUACUUAUGGAGUAUUUGGUAUUAUUCAUAAAAACCUUUUUUAUUAUUGUAUUUCUAUGUGUAUAUAUGUUUAUCUCUAUAGUUGUGAGCUUUGUUUUGAAAUCAGUCGGAUAUGCUUGACCGUAUACAGACGAGUUUGACAGAUCUAGAUUAUCUAUGGGCAACUACCCGUUUUCACUGCACUCCUAUCAGACAGCAUAUUUGACAAAAAGAAAAAUCAAUGUUUUAUUAUAUAGUAUAUAUUUUUUUUUUUUUCUGUAAUUUCGACAGAUAAUGUAUGACACUGCAGAUUAACCUAAGCGUCACCCGGCGCCAUAAAACAGCAUAAACGGGAAAACGACCGUUAAUUGAAAAAAAUUGUCUGUUUUAUAUUCAGAGGGUCCACUAUGCCGAAGGAAGAGCCUUGCUUGAGCGAGCGCAGUCCUUGUGCUACAUCCAGCAAGGAUGCUAAAGAUAAGAGCAACAGUUCAACUCUGCUGGCAGUACGUGAUACUAAAGACACAGACAACUCCAGUGGAAGGGGCUCUCGCUGCAGUUCAGAAAAAGACUCUGGCUACUCUGACAAUGGCUCAGACUGGCAGCAAACAGAUGUGGAGGACCAGCGGAGCAACAGAAGCCAGUCCAGAGAGCAUGCAGAAACUUCACAGUCUGGCCAAAACCAAGAACAUGGGCAAGGGAACCCUGGGAAUCCUACCCUGAUGCCAGCAGGCCGUGAGCUCCCACCUAUCUACAUCAUCACGGACAUGGUACUUAAACAGCCAGCCAUGAUCCAGAAAAGAGGACAGCUGCUUGGGAGAAAUAGAAGCAGAGAGACUGCUGGGUCUGGUGGGACCCAUAUGAUCCUGUUCCAGCAGCCCACCUUGAUGCCAGCCACCCUCCAGCCCCACAAGUCUUUGUCCCGGAAGACAAACAUCAAAGGGAAGAAAAUAAGUGGCACUUACUUACCCAUUCUCAGCUCCUACCCCCGCAUUGCACCACACCCUGGUAAGAUGCCACCUGAUAAGUCUUCAUCGAAGAAUGACUCCCAGAAUCUGAGCAAGAGGGUAUGCACAAAACACGAGAGCGAUCACACACCUGUGGCUGGGAGUCUACUUGAUCAGCAUCUUUAUAAGCAACCCAAAUUAGCUUUCCAGACCUCUGGGCAGACAUUUUCCUCUUCAACCAAAGAUAGUCUAUCCUUCUCCAGUCCCACGGCUGCCUCCUCGAGACAGAUCUCCACAUCAGUGUCCAAUAUGUGCACUGCCUCCUCCUUCCUCAUAACCAGAGGACUUGACAGAAACGGCAACACCAGUACUCGCUACCACCGUUUCCUCAACACGGUAGAAAUCCUCAAACAAUCAGGUUUGUUGGACAUUACACUGCGCACUAAGGAGCUGCUGCGCCAGAGCAGUGUCAUAGAUCAGGACAUUGCCCAGCUGCGCCAGCACACAGAGCUACUAUGCCAGGCCGCCUGCAACCCCAGCUGCAGCCUGAAUGGUAUCACGGUUUGCGAAAAUCUACACAGAGCCAUGGCAGUGUCAGGCAGCUACCCCAACCUAAAAAUCCUGCAGAAUUUACAAAUCCCAUCUUGUCCAGAUUCUGCCAGCAUACCAGAGAGUAUUACAACAGGAGACGACAAUGGGCCACUAGCUGCGGAGGAUUCAGGCACGCUGCAGUCUCCCCUUCUCACUACCAUAUCAGACCCAAGCCAGAACUGUCUUGUUGCACAGCAGUCUCACACAGAGCAAUGCAGGGAACUUGAAGCCAGAAAAGAAUCCUUAGAGAAAGUGACCUUUAUGCCUCCUGACAGUUCUACCGGUUAGUUUAAUCUGUAGUGCCUUCAGAGAGAGAGCGAGUACUCAGGGCUAGCCAGCUGAGAACCAGAAAACUGUGAGUUUAAUUGUUAUUUUUGAAUAUUAUCUGUGGUUUUAAUGGUUUAUCCCUGGUCAAUGAAAAUCUAACAUGGACUAGAGUUCAGUACAUGUUUCCUCAGGAGGCUUACACACAGGUACCACUUAAUGCCAAUGACAGACUUCUCUCCGUCACCUUUACACCUGACACCGCAUUGCUCUCAGGCCAUCCACCAAGGGCGGGGUACAGCUCCACCGCCUGUUCUUCGCCACCUUGAGCUGCAAGCUGGUACAACACCACUUCUGUCUUCUGUAUGUUUUCAGAAACAAAUUUUCUUGUACUGUUUAGCUGUAAUUUGAGAAAGUUUGUGAGGCAGCUGCCAUGUUGGAAAUGGAUGCAGAGGACAUGAAGGGACUUACAUGCACUAACAUGCACGCAUGUCCAGAGUGGCUACCAAAAUAAAGGACAGAAAGGCGCGUACGACAACACGCACAGAGGGAGUGUGACUUAAUUCUCUGCCCAGGUCGCCAUUACUUCACUAUAUCUUUACAUAGCAAAUGGUUGUUUGCUGACAUCUAGUGGAGCUGAAUGUCAUUUAUUGCAACUUUAAUGGUCAAAACCCCCCACCUGCUCUCACAAUACUUAUUUUUAUUAAAAAGAUUUUCAUACACAUUGGCACUAAUCAUACUCCCCAGCAGCAAUCUGAAAUGUUCAAACAAAGUUUCAUGAGACUUUCUAAGCUCCCUGAACUCAAUGGGAAAUACAUUUUCAUCUCCAGCCCCAUUCCCACUCUGUGCUAGGGCGUUUCACCAGACUCCUUCAGCUCCAUUCCUGGCUUCAGCUUCACUGCAGGGUGCAAGAUUGGUCUUACUAACAAUUUUAAUCUGCUCUGGGAGAAAGCUACAUUUUUUAAAAGAGGCAGUUUACAUCCAAACUGACUGGGUUCUUGCAUGGUGUCUGCCAAUAUUCUUCACAACACUCUAAUUAACCCAGCUGUGUGACUGUCAUCAUACUCCACUACACUUGCCACAAACUCUUCUUCCCUUACAGUACAUGACUCUGCAACCAGCACAGACAGUGUUCCUUACUCCAGCUCCCCCUACUGGUCCGCUAUCAUAGUAAAUAAGAAUCAUACUCAGGCUACAAACCAGGUUGUUCCACCUACCGUCCAGUAUGGUAGCUCCCCCUGUUGGCCUCCAGUUUCUCAUAUCCCUCUUAUCUGGAACUCGAGAUCCAGUUUUUCUGCUUCAACUCAUCAGUCUAGGGGUGGUCAUAAUAAGAGAUCACUGCCUAUAUUAACUUUUUCCUCCAACUCCCCAACUCCCUGUUCUGUCACCUGCCCCUCUAAAACGUGGCCUCUUAAAUGUCCAUUCCUUUUCCAAUAAGUCCUUUAUCUGCAAUGAUUUUAUAACUGCUAAUUGCCUGGACUUUUUACGGCUACUGGGAUAUUGCUCACUCCUAAUGAUACUGUACACUUAAUUGAGGCUAUGCCUUUUAAGUUUUCUCAUUUUCAUCUUUCCUGGCAUUCGGGUCAGGGUGGUGGCACUGCUGUCAUCCACAGAAAUAGUUUUAAGUGCUCUUUUCUGUCUUUUGGCUCUUUUAACUCCUUUGAAGUUUUAAGUUUUUUUUAAAUUUCUGGUCCAGUUCCUCUGCUUUGUAUACUUUUAUACAGACCUCCUAAGCUAAAUGGUUUUAUUCAUGAAUUUUCCAAGCUCCUCUCUUUUGUUAUACCGAAAUAUGAUAAAGUACUCAUUCUUGGUGACUUCAGUAUCCAUGUAUGUUGUCCCUCUGUCCUGUGAUUUCCUGGAUCUUAUUGAGUCUUUUAGUUUAAACCAAAUUGUUCGACGUGCCAGACAUUGUAAAGGCCAUACCUUAGAUCUGGUCCUCACUAGUGUUUUUCUCCCCAUAAAUGUGAACCUUGUUGACUUUUAUGUCUCAGAUCAUAAAGCUAUUGUUUUUAAUGUACCUUUAUCUCCUCCCACUGGUAAGUCUUUUGCCAUUGUCCUCUCAUGUUUUCUUAGUGCUGAUUCUGCCAGUAAAUUCUGUGAAGCUUUCUCCAAUACCUUAACCUUGAAAUAUUUUAUUUUAUGUUGCAACCAUACCCCAAUGCUCUGGCUAAUUCUCUCAACAAUAUCUACCUCAUCCUUGACCAUAUUGCUCCUCUCAAAAUUAAAAGAAAAAGCAUAAUCCUUCUGCAUGGCUCAGUGAACACACUCGGGCCCUCAAGAGAAAAUACAGAAAAGCUUAACAUAUAUAUGGAAGGCUAGUAGGUUAAAAGUCUGCUUUGACAUCCUAAGAAGUCACAUGGUCAACUAUCAGACUGCUAUGAAAGAGACAAGAUCAGCCUAUUUCUCCAGUUUGAUUUCCAGAAAUUCCCAUAACUCCAAAGUCUUAUUUAAAAUUAUUGAUUCUGUUCUGAGCAGUUCCUUCUCCUUCAGCACUGAACUUAGCCUGCAUCUUAUCAAUUAUUAAUUGUGCAACCCAUGUUAAAGAAACCUAAUCUUGACCUGCUCAACCUCAGAAAUUACUGACCUAUUAAUAAAAUAUCUUUCUUAUUUAAGGGGUUGGAGAAAGUUAUUGCCUCUCAACUGAUUGCUUAUAUAAGAGUUAACAGCAUUUUUGAUAAUUAGUCUGGUUUUAGAGCUCUACACAGUACUGAGAUUGCCUUAGUUAAGGUGACAAAUGACUUACCCCAUGCUGCAGAUAAAGGUGAAAGCUCCAUUCUGGUCUUGCUAGACUUGAGUGUGGCCUUUGAUACAGUAGACCACUCCAUCCUUCUACAGCAUCUUGAAACUUAGUUUCAAAAGUUUAAAAAGGUCUGCUCCCAACUUCUUACACUCCUAUCUGUCUAAUAGAACCUUUUCUGUUGUUGUUGGAAAUUUCCCAUCUUCUGUUUCCCAAUUCACUCAUGGCGUUCCUCAAGGGUCAAUCUUGGGUCCGUUACUGUUCUCCGUUUAUAUGCUGCCCUUGGGCCAGGUCAUCAAUAAACAUAAUGUAGAGUACCAUUGUUAUGCUGACAACACCUGGUCAUAUGUCCUAUUACAAUCCACUAAUCACAGCAGCCUAACCCAACUUACUGCCUGCCUUUCUGAUAUCAAUUGCUGGACUUCUCAAAACUUCCUCAAACUUAUUGAUGACAAAACGGAAAUCAUCUUGUUUGCCACACCCAGUUCUUUCAGUCAGAUAGUCUGCAAUGUUGAAGUAGUAUCACAUAACAAUAAGCCAACCACAAGAAAUUUGGGUGUUCUAUUUGAUUUUGGCCUUUGUUUUGAUAACCAAGUAAAGGAGGUUGUUCAGUCAUGUGUCUUUCAACUAAAGUCAGUUUCAAAAAUUGGAUCACUCUUAUCAUUUGAGGAUUUACACAGGGUUGUCCAUGUCUUUAUUUUUUUCUAGUCUAGAUUUCUGUAAUGCACUUUACACAAGUAUUACUCUGGCUUCCCUCUAUUGCCUUCAAUUGGUUCAAAAUGCUCAAGUUCAAGAAAACAAGAUCAUAUAAUUCCAAUUCUGGCCUUCCUGCACUGGCUUCCCGCUCAUCUUUGCAUUGAUUUUAAAACUUUAUUGUUGACCUUCAAGCCUUUACAAUCAUAUUAAAGAUCUAUUAACCCCUUAUGAGCCUGGGCACACUCUUAGACCAGCUGAUAGUGUCUCUCUGGUCAUUCCCAGAGUCCGACUGGUGAUUAAGGGCUAUCAGGCUUUUGCAGUCCAGGCCCCCAAACUCUGGAACAAUUCACCUGCUGAGAUUAGGUUUGCUAAAUCUUGCUUUCAAAUCUUUUCUUAAGACAUUCUUUUUAUCUAUGCGUGAAUUUUAUUUUAUUUCAUUGUUUUUAUUCAUAUUUUUGUCUCACUGUAUUUAUCCAUUUGUGAAGCACUUCAUGACAUUGUUAAGAAAGGUGCUAUAUAAAUAAAGUUUAUUAUCAUUAUUAUUAUAAUUAUUAUAAUACAGUGAUGAACUACAGCUACAGUAUAUUUUAUCAGUUCAGUCAGUCUUUUUUCUGUCACCUUAGACCAACUUCAUUCAGGGAAAAGAUAUAUAAAUCUCCUGGUAGAUAAAUGCUGAGAAAUGGUUUCUAAUAACCUACUUCACCUGAGAGAGAGCCAGCAGUCCAACAUGGAAGACCACUGCCUUCAAGACACCACUUAAUAGAAAAGCUUGUGGAAAAAUGGCACCUUAAGGAAGCUGGUAGCACAAGUGGGAACUUAACGUCUCAGAGAGGAUGUUUCUGUAACAUCACAGACUGCGCUACACUGGAGCGCUGUCAAGCCUUUCAUCCAAAUACUCUUCAACAAAGCCUUAAAAACUCCUUUUUCACUUGAUUUUUUCCCUAGCCAGGGCACAUCACCACGCAGGUUAUCAUGCUGUCCUAAUCUUUUUACUCAGUUCACAAAAUCAGUACACGUGUCAUUAUAAUGAAAGCAAAUCCAACAUACUGUAUCAAUUCAACACAGGUAAUCAAUCAGUUACCAUUUACUCUCAUGCAACAGUUCUGUUGUCCAUUUUCAGUUCUUUAUUUCUUGUUUUACAUCUCUAUUUGGUGGUGUUAUGUGGUCAUCUGUUCUGCUGUUGACAGUAUAAACGUAUGUUGAUUCAGUGGUUUUAUGCAUGUGAUAUGUGUAUGGUUUGCAUUUAUUUGUGCUUGUGCUCAUGACAGAUGGCAGUGCCAAGAAUACACACAUUUCUGAAAUUCAAAGUGGUUUGUUUAUACUGUGUAUUUUUCCACAAUUUUAAGGUUUUUAAAUAAAGCCAUGUAUGACUUA